ACUGUGACAGUCAUGCUCUAACAGUGUUUUUUAUCAUUAAAGCGUAAAAUAAUGGAAUUAAAGUACAAGCACUGAUUUAAGGACGUUUUCUCCACAUAGCAAGGAUAUCCGUUUAUUGACGCAAGCUUAAGUAUAUUAGGCCUAUCGUGGGGAAAUACUGAGUAUCUAAGGUAGCAAGUGAUUUCUUAGUCAGACAAAACCUCUGAAGGGACAACUAAUGUUUUUCAUCAGCAUAUUACUGCAGCUGCCUCUAUCAGCUGUUUUGGCUUUAUGGUCAGUUUCAUACAAACCUCAUGCCAUGUGUGUUUUUGAAAGAUCAUCUGUGGAUUUCACCUGCUCAUUUGAUUAUCCAUAUCGAUACACAUUUAAAACUGCAAAAUGGUUCAAACCAAGAAAUUAUCAGAAACAAGACAGAUCACAGGAGGGAAUAUUUGUCUAUCACUCAAAUCCGGCAGAUACUGACCAACUGUACAAAGACAGAACAGCGUAUGCAAACCAAGACAAAAACUGCUCCUUGCGAUUACACAAUGUCUCCAAAAGUGACAUAGGAAAAUAUUUCUUUCGCUUUGAAACAAAUCUUGAAAAGUUCACUGGAUUGGGUGGCAUAAACCUUGAUGUAGCAGUUCUACCUUUCAGAGUAACUGUGACCAGUCAAAAUGUGAAUGGACACAUCCAUGAAGGAGACUCUGUAAAAUUGAGAUGCAGCACAGAAACCUGUACUCCGCAACAAGAGCUGUUUGCCUGGUAUAAAAACCAGCUUCUUCUUCCUCAAGCCACUGAGCAUGUGCUUCAAAUCUCUUCUGUCUCGCACAAUGACUUUGGCAACUACUCCUGUGGUCUGAAGAACAGCAGACCAACUUUAGCAGAUGAAAUAUUGCUUGAUGUGAGAUAUAGUCCGAAGAAUGUUGAAAUAACCAUUUUGACAUCUGGAAAGAUAGAACAAGGAAACUCCCUGACUCUGAUCUGUAAGAGCAACGCCAAUCCUGCAGUGACAAACUACACCUGGUUUAAGAUCAGAGAUGCACACAUCUCUUCUAUAGGAUUUGAUUGUGAAUUCUCCAUCAAAGCUGCCAGUCAGAAGGAUGAUGGACAGUACUUCUGCACAGCCAAAAAUGACAUGGGUUCUCAAAACUCUACAAUCAUAACACUGAAUGUCAAAGUGCCUACUAGUAAUGGACAUAUCUUGCUGACUGCAACAGCUGUGUUUUUCUUUGUAAUAGCUGUACUGUUAGUCCUGUUUCUUAUUAUAAGGAGGAAACAGAGAACACAAAAGAAGCUGCACACAGAACAGGCACCAGCAGUCACUGUCACAGAGGAUAUCUAUGAGAACCUGAGACAAUCACCAAAGUCUGAAAAAAGUCAUACCAACCUGAUAUAUGCAGAUCUUAUGCUACCGUCAUCAAACUCAGAAAGACCACUUUCCAACACCCGUGAUGUCGUGAUCUACAGCCUUCUUAGUUAUAAAGAGUGACUGAAUCUCUAUGAAUAAUGAGCUUUAGUAACCAGGCGUUGUAGAUAUUUCUCUCUUUUUAUUUAAAAGAAAUAGUUCAAACAUUGAAAUGAAUAUAAAAGCAUUAAAGAAAUAAUAUAUACAAUGUACAGUGAAGGUAAAAAAGUAUUAAUAAAUCUAUAUGUACAUCUUUGCAUGCAUCUCAUUAUUUACAUCCACGAUUAACGUUGCUUGACCCCCCCAAAAACAUACAUUAUGUAUUUAUGUAACAAUAUAUGAUUUUGAAAUAACACUGUUAAAAAAUAAAAUGCUUAAAUAUAGUUAUAUCUAUAUUAAAAUGGGUCAUUUUUAUUAUUGUUCACAUAAAAAUUUAAAUUCUGUCACCAUUAACUUAUCCUGAUGAAAAACCCUUUAAACUCCUUUAAUCAAGAUUUUACAAGCAUAAG